AUCCGGUUUUCUCUAUUCUUCUUCUCUGUUGUUGUUUGUGAAAUGCAGCUGCUGUUUGGAUUUGAAUUCGAAUAAAAAAUAAAAAAGUGAUUUUAUUAUGUUUAUUUGGUUGAAAAUUAUUAGUUUUUAUGAGAUGUAAAAUUUUGUGUGAGAUAUAAAUGAUGAUAAUAAAAGGUAAUGAGUGAUUCAGAUGAUACUGACAUUCUUCUCCUGAUACCACCCAAUUAUUAUUUGACCAACGCUGAGGAAGAAAUUUUGCUUGACGAUAUAAAAGUAUUACACCAGAGACAAUACACCAGUUUACAGGAAUUGAAUGCUCAGGAGCGUCAAUAUCAGCAGCGACUAACGAGAAGAGAUUUGACAAGAGAAUUCCAAGCCAUGGAUUUGGCUGGUUGCAAAAAUGAUGAUGCUUUAGCAAUGCCACCUCCUAUGGCGCCACCGCCGACAGCGGCAUAUCAAUUUUUACCACCCACCAGGAAAACUGAACUUAAUCAUAUCAAUGCUAGGCUACACAAUUUAGAACGAGAAGAUAUGGCCUAUGGCGAUAAUCCCUCGGAUAUAUCGAGUAUCUCAACAAAUACAGUAAGAACACAAUUCGGCCCUAGCAAAGCAAAUAGAGAACCGGUGGGUAUGGUUCAUUCUACGCCAAAAUACAUAAACUCUUCGUUCAAAGAACAGCAGCCACCAGCAAAAAAGUUAAAUAACCGCGACAGAGAGGAUGGAGUUCUACUGGAAAUUGAUAAUUUCCUGCUCAAUGAUGGUGGUGUACAGAACAAUGCCAACUAUUGGCAACAGCGUCACAGUGAAGAUUAUCGUUUGGAAUCGCAAUUACAAGAAAAUGGCUUUUCGGAUCUUAGAGAACAUCGACAAUCACAAGCAAAUUCAUUGCCCAACGCCAUGAAUUCAUUGCCUCUGGAGAAAACAAAUUGCUAUCAAAUGUCUAAGGCUGAUAAUAAUCUCAUUAGUUUAAGUGAAAUUUGGGGUAAAAGUGGCCAGGCUACUGCCAUAGCAACGUCCUCACAAUCAAAUCUUAAGGAAGAACAAUUGAGAAGGCAGCAUUUGGAGAAAACUAUCAGACAAUUACAGGCUCGUUUACUCGAAUAUCAGCAGAGACUGUCAGUUGCCAUCGAGGUGGACCGAACUAAGGAUAAUGCUUUAAAUAAUGCCCAAAUGGAAAAUAAAAGCCUUAAACAAGAAUUGCAACAGUUGCGCAAAAAUGUCCAAGAUUCUGAGCAACAACGUAAACAUUAUGACGAAAAACUGGAAUCGCUUCAAAAAGAAUUAGCACAAGCGGUUAGUUUAGCAAGCAAAUUUCAAGAUAAAAAUGAAAAGUUAGAGCUAGAGCUGUCAAAUUGUUCAAGGAAAACAAAUGAAUAUUGUAAUCAAUAUAAGCAAAAAAUGGAAGAUUUAGAAAUUAAAGCACAUGCAUGCAAAAGAUCGGAGGAAUUGGCCAUAAAUGAAUUGCACAAAUUACGUGACAAGUAUGCAAAGUCCGAACAUUUAUAUGAAAAGACGAAACUUCGCUGUGAGGAAUUGGAAAAAGAAAACACUACACUAAGACACCAAAAGGAUAUGCUACAGGAAUAUCAUCAAAAACAAAAAACUAGAGCUGAUAAUUUAGAUACGCAAAGAAAAUCAUUACAAGAAUCUUUAGCUCAUCUAACCGAAAAUGAGAGUACUUUAAGAAAAAAGUUGGAGUUGCAACAAAAAACCCUAAAAUCUCACUAUCAGCAACAGCUGGAAAAUGUAGUGGCUCAAAAGCUCAAAGAAUUCCAAGAACAAUUGGACAGAACAGAAGAAACACUCAAGUCAGAAGCACGAGAACGUGAACGUUUAAUAGCUGAACGAGCGGUCAAACAAUUGGAGUUAAUAAAUGAGAAAAAUGAAUUGGAAUUGAAUUUACUACAGGAAAAACACAACGAAGAAGUGGAAUUGUAUCGCAUACAAUUGGCCAAUGCUUCAAAGAAAAUCGAUGAUAUGGAAAUGAAACUUAAUAUUUACAAAUCGAAACGGGCAGAUAUAGCCGAAAAAUUACACAAUGUUAUGGAAACACAAUGGCAAAAGGCUUUAGAAAUUCUAACAUCGCCCCAUAAUAUGACACGCACGACAUACAAUGAAACAACUGAUCAGGAGUCUUCUUCGCAAGACAAUAAUGACACUCACAAUAAAGCCAUUUAUCAAGCACACAAAAAUCAACAGCAUCAUGAUUUUGAGACACCAAAAUCAAGUAAAAAAGAAAACAAUUUAAAUUUAUUGCACAAACAAGAAGCGUCACCAAAGGAUAAGUUACAAGCCUACAUUGAAUUGUUGCUUUCAAAAUCUCCCACAGACUUUGAUAAAUUAGAUGAAAUUCUAGCAUUAACCACAAAAGCUAAAGAAUGCAAAGAUAAAAUGGAAAAAUCAGCCAAAAGAUAUUGUCAUUCUAAACCACCCUGGAAAGCUUAAUAUUAAUAUUUAAUUUAAAAUUGUAUUUUUUACACUCUGACUAAAGUGCUCUUAAAGUUUCUCUAUGUUUUUUUUUUUGUAUUUAGAGUUUAAGAGUUAUUAAAUGUUAUUGUAUAGUGUUACUUACAUGUUUGUAUUUUUUAAAUUAUGCAAAGCCCUUUUUUUAGUCCAAAGUAUUUUUUUUUUAGUUUUUAUAUAUUUUUUGUUUAAAUUUUAAUAUCCAAUUUACAUUUUUUC